UGUCAAUCUUGUUAAUGUCAAAUGAUCUUUUCAUUUUGAAAUUCAAUAAGAUAUUGUUUUCAAUAAUUAAAGGAAUAAAUUGAAUCUAACAUUUGAGUUAUAAUUAUCUUUAAGUCCAUAAUGAGAAAUCUUACUAAUAAAAUAAUAUUUUUUAAUAGAUGUCAAUCACAGCUAAGCCGAUGUGCGUUCAAUAGUACCGCGAAGACCACUCAAACCAGGUUUUAUUCUCGACCAACAAGUUUCCCAGAUUAUUAUCAAAAUCCAAUAUUUAGAAAGGAAGAUCAGGCAAAACUGAUUGAAAACAAUGACCUAUCUAAAUUGGCUACUACUCCGUUCAGGCCUCCAGCAUCGUACGAGACGUCAUCUGUGUAUCACGAUCCAAUUGUAAAUAAAGUUAUAAAUCAUGUGAUGGAAGAUGGUAAGAAACAGUUGGCUCGCAGUUUAGUUGAGAAGGCAUUUGAGAAUGUUAAGAGAAUACAAAUUGAACGAUACCACUUAGCAACAACGCCAGAAGAGAAGUCCAAGAUAAUAUUAAGUCCAAAAGAUAUAUUGCAUAGGGCAAUUGAAAACAGUAAGCCCUUACUACAACUAUCUCCUAUAAAACGAGGAGGCAUAACCUAUCAGGUACCUGGACCUAUAACUGAAAAGAGAUCAUUAUUCUUAGCAAUUAAGUGGUUACUGGAAGCGGCAAAUGAUAAAGAUAGAACAGUACAUUUUCCUGAACAAUUUGCUUGGGAACUGUUAGAUGCUGCUAAUAAUACUGGCAAAGUGGUGAAGAGAAAGCAAGAUCUUCAUAGACAAUGUGAGGCAAACAGGGCGUAUGCUCAUUAUAGAUGGCAGUAGUGGGUGCUUUGUGUUACCAGCUAUAAAAAAUAAUAUAAAAGAACUUGUCAGUAAAUGUAGAAAAUGUACACUAAAUAAUUUAGUUAAGUUUUAAAAUAAACAAACUUAAUACAAAA